AUGAGCUGUAGCUGCAGGAUAGAAGAUAUUCAGAAACUUCAAAAAUCAAACAGCCAAAUUGAAUCCCUCUGUGAAAGUGAUUUAAGGAAGUGGGUAUGUGAUCGGAAUCUUGUUAUCCGUGAAUUUCUAGAAGGGAUUGCGGGCAAAGGUUCAACAGAAAGUGAAGUUGCAAAGACGAUCGAACACAUCUACCAUUUAGGCAACAGUAAAGCUGUUCUCCCAGUAUGCUUAGGUGAAAACCUUGUUUCAUAUUCUGUGAGUGGUAGCAGAGCAGCGUGUGAAAUAAACUCUGCCAACUCUCCUGCAGGUAGCUACCCAUACUUAAUAUCAUGGCUACGUGAACAGUCACAUGAACCACACACUUUUCCAGAUGGAGAUGUCUUAGUUGCCUUCGAUAACGACCAGGUGAUCGGAAAAACCUAUCAUGUGAGACAUAACAACAAAGUAAAGACAAGUGUGGUUACAAGUGUAUGUAUCGCUGAGGUGAGUCCAACAGGGACGCUGCAGGCGGAUAAUGAAUUGAAACAUGGGCAUUGGCAAACAGCUCAGCGGCUCAAAGAACAAGUACCGGAGAUUUUAGCGCCUGAUAGUACGCUGAAUAAUGCUGUAGACCAGACACACUACAAAGAGCUGUAUGCUACUCUGCAAACAAGAAUAUUAAAAGUUGUUGAAGAACAGAGGGUGGAAACGACUGGCAUUUCCGACAACAUUGACAAGGAAGUUGCGACGAUCCGCCAGAAAAGGGAAUGGAGGGUGUGUAGCGAGUGUGGGGCAAAGAACCUCAAGAACAAGAGAAUAUGUAUAGCUUGUGGUCAGAGACUCCGGUCAGUUUUGGAUAAGGAGGAGCAAGCCACAAUCGCUCAAUUCCCGCAAAAGAAGAGUGACAUAGAGUCCAGCAAGUAUGUACAUGUAAAGUUUGCUGGUAGUGAAUCUCAGGCAAAAAGAACAGAACAGAGCACUUCAGCCAGCGAAUCCCCAAAAGUUAAUGUAAGGGCUGGAGAUCCUAUUUUCGUAAAUCCAAAUUCGUAUCAAAGUCUCAUUACUGUGUUUAAGAGUCUCGGCAAGCAGGCGGGCAUUAAGAAGUACGCAGAAGAUGGAUGGAGAGAGUGGGUUGUGGUGACGUGUGAUGGCUUGCCGUACACACUUGGACAGAGAGUCAUUAAAGAAACAUUUACAUGUGCCUACUGCCAUGCAGCAAUUUUCUUAAGGGAGUCCUACAUGGAACAUGUUCAAGAGCACUACCCUACAGGGAUUGCUGAAGAAGACCUUGCCUUCAGCUUAGAGUUUGACUGGCUACUGCUGAAGAUCGGGCAUGGCCAUGUAGAGAUGAACAUGGUUCGGUCUUUCCUGGAACUUAACUGGCCAGUGUUCAUGAAAGAUGUGGCAUUGUGCAUGGGAUUUUGCUCCGAAGCUGCCCAGAAAUAUGCGAAAAGUGGAGCUGACCAUCAUAAGUCCUGGGAGCUUAUGCAAAUUGCAUUCUUAGGAUCCCUAGAUGAGCUCUUAGUUCCCUACAUCCGAGAGAAACUCGCUGCACAUAGCAAGCCUACCCCUGACGACUUUCUGCUUUGGAGUGGAAACGUGAAAAGUGCCCGGUACAAGUACCUUCAGGAACAGAUGUUAACCUACAUGCAAGCCAUUUUCAACCUGAGGGCUGGCAUUCGGCACAAUGACAUUGCCAGAGUCAUUGCAGGGAGGGUGAAGUUUGCUCAUGUCUUUCACGCACGGAACCACCCCAAAUACCAGGCCAUCGAGCUCACUGAACUGAGUAACUUUCUGGCAGCACCCAACGAGGUGAAGAAGUUUCUCAGUGAUUUCCAGGCCAUAUCAUCCUCGGGAGACCCCACAAGAUGCGAAGAUAUGGAUUUUGUCUUGGAAAACAUCAAUAAGAAGAGUAAAAGCUGGAUUCCUAAAGGUAUCCCAACACACGAGGACUGGCAGCGCAUCUUCAGGAACCUGUCAAAACUGGAUAAGCUCCGCUCUGCAGUUCUCAGCAGGACAGCAACAUCUGUAGACUUGGGAGGCACGUAUACGAGUACACACAAUGUUCGGGAGGUAGAUGUUGCAGCUUGGAGAGCAUGUCUGCGGGACAGCGAGUUUCUCCUUAAUCAGGACAGUGAUGUUCCCUUCCAGUCAGUGAGCAAAGACGAGCUGGAUGAGUCACUGACAACAUUCACAGAACAAGCUGCCAAAAGAAGGAGGUUCUUCGCCCAAGCUCUUUUUCAAGACGAAAGAGAGUCUCAUGAUGGAGGGGAAGAAAGUUAUGCAGGAAAGCCUCAGCUAGUGUUUGUUACCCGUCAGGAGAGAGAACAUCACACAAACAUCUGCAACCAGACAAAAGCUGUUAUUGCUAAGCGAAUUCUGGACAAAAUCGGCUCACUAGAUGACGAGAGCAUCAAGACCCUGCUCCUACACGAAUGGGACACUAGCGUAAAAUCUGGGAAAAAGGAUGAUUAUAUUGCGUUCUUCCAGAGAUUGCAGGAAGAAGUAAUUCAUCAAACCCCUCCCCUCACCGAGGACUUGGAGUAAUUAGGUGAUCGCCACAUCCUGCAGAUGUCCUCUUGAUUUCAUCAAAAUCUCUAUCCUUUUUAUUAUUUUUAUUUCUUGUUCUGAAAUAUCUCAAAAAAGGCACAGUCAAAAUUCAAAUUUAUACAAUGGUGUUAGACCCAUAUAAAAGUACAACAAGUGUACAUGUAACGUAUGUAUGACAUCACAGUCACGUGAUUUCAUCUACAGUAGGCGCUAUUUUGUAAAAUCACAUUUCUGGUCAUACAUGUAUCUCACUUAGUAUGCAAAUAAGAUUUCAAUUCAUAAUUGGCACGGAUAUGAUCGAUGACAGGGUCAAUCAUUUCAUGUAAAGUAAUACCCGUGUACAUGUAUGUCUGUGUGCACAUGGUCAAAAAAUUGCAAAAUGUUCCAAAUGACUCCAAAAUAUUUUAGACACUUUUCAGGCCAUUUUAAGCAUUUUCUAAUUUUUUUUUUGUU